AUUGACCAUUCAUUUGACCGGCAGUUGUAAAAAAUCUUUUAAUCAGUGCGAGUGUUUCAAUUUGAAUUAAUUAAAAAGAAAAGUUUACAUCGCUUAACCAAAACCUUUUUAUUUAUUUAUAAAAUAACCUUAUAAUCGAAAAUGACUAUAUUGAAUAGUAUCAAAUACAGCUUAAAGACUUUGGCUUCUUUAAGUAGCUUUCAAUAUGGAAAACGUUCCAAACUGCAACACGUUCAUGCCUUUAUCGUUGGAUCUGGGGUAGCAACUUUCAUGUCCUUAACUUCUGCCCAAACCGAAGCUAAACGAAAACUAAGCACCUCUCAAUUUAUGGCCGAUCCAAUUACAGACAAAGAUGAACUUCUCAAAAAAGAAAACGACAUGAGAAUCAAAGUAGAAUUGCUAAUAUUAAAAAUUCAAGCUGAUUUCUGUAAGGCUUUGGAAAACGAAGAAAACUUUGGUCAGAAAUUCAAAGUCGAUCGGUGGCAGCGUAAAGAAGGUGGUGGUGGUAUAACUUGUGUUCUGCAAGAUGGUGAUAUCUUCGAAAAGGCUGGAGUUAAUAUUUCCGUGGUAACUGGACAACUGCCACCUGGUGCUGUUCAACAAAUGCGAUCCCGAGGAAAGAAUCUUGGCGAGGGACACUUGCCAUUCUUUGCCGCCGGUGUUAGUGCUGUCAUACAUCCACGUAAUCCUAUGAUCCCUACAAUUCACUUCAACUAUAGAUAUUUUGAAGUGGAAAACAACGAUGGAGAGAAACAGUGGUGGUUUGGUGGAGGAACUGAUUUGACACCAUAUUACUUGGAUCAAGAUGAUGCAGUUCACUUCCAUCAGACUCUUAAAGAUUCAUGUGAUCAACACAAUAUCGAAUAUUAUCCCAAGUUCAAAAAAUGGUGCGAUGAUUACUUCCGAGUGACGCAUCGCAACGAAUGCCGAGGAAUCGGUGGAAUAUUCUUCGAUGACAUCGACACUCCCAGUCAAGAGGAGGCUUUUAAAUUUAUUUCAUCAUGUGCUCAUUCUGUUAUUCCAUCUUAUCUUCCACUUGUACGAAAACAUAAAAACGAUGCAUACGGAGAUAGGGAACGUGAAUGGCAAUUGUUGCGUCGUGGACGGUAUGUGGAAUUCAACUUGAUCUAUGAUCGUGGUACCAAAUUCGGCCUGUACACUCCUGGAGCUCGAUACGAGAGUAUACUUAUGUCGCUGCCAUUAACAGCGCGUUGGGAAUACAUGCACAACCCAUCACCUUCAUCUCCUGAAGGUCAACUCGUUGAAGUUCUAAAAAAUCCCCGUGAUUGGAUAAAACUCGAACAAAAAAUCCAACAAGCAGCGUAAUCAUCACACUUUAAAAAAAAAACCAAUAACAAUUUUUUGCCUUAAGUUACGAAACAAACAGUUUUAACCUAUUUUUUAAUUUUCAGUUUUUUAAAUAUAUUGUAAAUAUUUAUCUACGUUAAAGUUAUGAGAAGAAGAAAAAAGACACAAAGAAACGCACAAUUAUGGCUUUCGUUUGUAAAACAAAAAUAGAA